ACACAGGACGAGAAAUGGGAGAGAGCGCUUGGUGUUGUCGACUUCGCGUCCUGUGCUGUGCUGCCAGUGUCUCGCUGUGUGCUCAUCAGCGUCUGGCAUCACCUCAUUCUCGCUUUGCCUUGGAUUGCUUUGCUUUGCUUCGCCUCGGCUCACUAUGGUAGUGCUUCGCAGCUAGGCUACUUAGGGUUUCAGCUCACGCGGACGCCAUUGCUCUGCCACGGAGGCCGUCACAAUGCCACUCGCGAGUUAAGCGACGACGUCGUUUAGUUGCAGCCAGGGAUCGGUCAAUUGCAUGCGGCUUGCAUGAGUCAUGUGGGAUCGCGUGUGGUACGUCGGAGCGUGGAAGGUUUUUUUUAGCUCUCGGGGCUUGGGAAGGGAUCGAGAAGAAGGCGAGGGGACAUAGUGCUGAAGCGAUGCGGUGUUUGGAGAUCAUUGAAUGGGUUGUGUCCUUGGCGAUGGCCAUGGCGAUGUCGAGGUCGAGGUCGGUGUCGCAGCAGAUGGAAGAGAGGGGUAUUGUUGAGUUUUGGGAAGGGGGUUGAUUGAUCAUCGAGCUUUGGUUGAUGAUCAUGCAAAGGACGAGCGUUGUUUUGUUGAUCGACGAAGCUGUGUGCAGUUUAACUGUAGUUAUCGGAAGGUGUUGGGGUUAAUUUUGACUAGGAACAAAAUAGUGGAGUACGAAGAGGGAGAGACGAAAUGUAAGGAAAGAGAGAGGGUUUAUUGGGAGAUUAAUUUAUUUUAUUUCUGCAUUUUUAUUGGAGAAUUCAGGAGUGAGUCGAUAGAGGCGCGUCUCUGAGUGUUGAAUUUUAUUUCAGUUUCUUAAUUUUAUUGGGAAGCAUUUAGCGACAGAUAGUAAACAUGGAGUUGCUCACGGAGUCCGCAAGCAGUUUGAUUAAAGAGCGCGACCACGAGGCAGAGCAAGCGACGCGCAUGGGUUUGGAAAAUGCGAAGCAGCUCCUGCGGUCGCUUGCACAUAGCGAAUCCUAUCAAGGCAAUCAAGCUUCGUUAGACAUGGAAGCCAGCAUAGCCGCGGGUGCUGCAAUAUCCAGAUUUCAGAAGGUUGUUACCUUGCUCUCUAGGACGGGUCACGCCCGCUUUCGUCGAGGUCCAGCUGGCCUGAGCAAUGUGCUGGGUCCCAGCACUAAUUCUACGCAAUAUGGUAUGAAACGGAAGAGGGACUUUCCGUUUCCCAGCAGCACGCCACCUCAAUAUCCCCAUGUUCCGGAUGAGGUUCUUGUUUCGUUUCAACAUCGUCAACAGCAACUACAUUAUCCACAGCAACACUUGCUAGCACAGGCGAAGCAAUUCAUUCCUCCGCAAGUCUCAGCCUCGUUGGGGGCUAGCUUGGGUUCAGGAGGAUCAGGCAUGAAUCAUCUUCAGCUGAAUCAUCAUCGGCUUCAGCAAUUACAUUUGCAGCAGAUGCAUCAGCAUCUGCAACAACAGCUGUGGUCACCUUUGCAACAGCGCAACCAGCAAGGCUAUCACUCUAUGAUUCAAGAGAUCUCGCUUGGGAAGUCAGAAUUGGGUCGGUCGUUAGAGAGGGGUCCUGAAACUACGACCUCCAAGUCGUUCGCUUCCGUCUGCUUGGACGGUAGUGUUGAUUCAGAUAAGGUGCAUAACUUUACUCCUGAACGGCGCGCUCAAGGACCACCAACGAAGAAGAAGUGCAUGGGAAAGGCGGAUGAAGGAAGCGGGAAGUGUGCCACAGCUGGCCGCUGCCAUUGCUCUAAAAGAAGGAAACUGAAAGUAAAGAGGAUUAUUCGCGUGCCAGCAAUCAGUAGUAAACUUGCUGAUAUUCCUCCCGAUGAUUAUUCAUGGCGCAAGUAUGGCCAGAAGCCUAUCAAAGGAUCCCCGCACCCUAGAGGGUACUACAAGUGUAGCAGCAUGCGAGGCUGCUUAGCUCGUAAACACGUAGAGCGCUCACUGGAAGAUUCAUCUAUGCUCAUCAUCACUUACGAAGGAGAACACAACCACUCCCGCUCGACUUCUGUCAGUGCAGCAUUGCUGUGUACUUGACCCAUCUUGGACCGUGCAUCGUCGACAUCCUGAUUGUUAUUUGCGGCUGGCGAUCUUGGUUCACAACACAGAUCCACCAUGAGCUCGAACGUUGUGGAAGGCGCCCAGUGUAGUUUUCUGAAUCCUUAGGUGCUGCUAGGCAGAGGGAAAGACAUACAUAUACGUGGGUUAGUGUCAGUACUCUGUGUACACUUGUGGAGAUUCGCAACUAUUUGCGCUCCUCCAUUUUCACACAUAUCGUAACACGCACAUCAUUUACUCAGUUAGGAAAACGUUGGAAUUUUCUGUACAUAACGAAAACUGAAAGACGCUACAGGAGAGUCUCCCUAGAAGCAGUGAAGAUGCGACGAUUUGAUGGUACGUGCAAAAUUGAUAAUGGUAAUCUCUUUGUCUAUCUGCAUCCAUUCAGAUUCGGUCCUCCAACAUUGAAUCACAUCAAGAGAGACCUGAUGCAGGCCUCGAUCAUACCAUUUGUGGUAUAGUUGUGACUGUACUUGGUUCCCCAGGACUUAAGCUUUUUGUUUUUUGUUUUUAUA